UUUCUGGGGAAAAAAGAGAAAAUUCCUUUUCCGGUUUCCUGCUUUACGUAUGACGUAAUCGCGUUCAAUGGGUGUCUCGCGCGCGGGAGUUUUGUUUGUGGAUCAGAGGAGGGCAGACAGGACAAAGCAACAGGAGUCAUGGCGAUGAGGAGCGAAGCUCGGGUUGAGGCUGCGGCGGCGGUGGAGGAGGAGGAGAACUUUGGGCCACAGCCCCUCAGCAGACUGGAGCAGUGUGGAAUCAGCUCCAGCGACAUCAAGAAGCUGGAGGACGCGGGCUUCCACACCAUCGAGGCCGUGGCAUACGCUCCCAAGAAGGAGCUGCUCAACAUCAAAGGCAUCAGCGAGGCCAAAGCGGACAAGAUCCUGACUGAAGCUGCCAAACUGGUGCCGAUGGGCUUCACCACAGCCACAGAGUUCCACCAGAGAAGGUCGGAGAUCAUCCAGAUCUCCACAGGAUCCAAGGAGCUGGACAAACUCCUGCAGGGUGGGAUUGAGACAGGCUCCAUCACAGAGAUGUUCGGGGAGUUUCGCACGGGGAAGACGCAGCUGUGCCACACCCUCGCCGUCACGUGUCAGCUGCCCAUCGAUCAAGGGGGAGGAGAAGGGAAAGCCAUGUACAUCGACACCGAGGGGACCUUCAGACCAGAGAGGCUCCUCGCCGUGGCCGAGAGGUACGGUCUGGUGGGCAGUGACGUUCUGGACAACGUGGCGUACGCCCGCGCCUUCAACACAGACCAUCAGACCCAGCUGCUGUACCAAGCUUCAGCCAUGAUGGCAGAGUCCAGGUACGCCCUGCUGAUCGUGGAUAGCGCCACCGCUCUUUACAGAACCGACUACUCGGGCCGAGGAGAGCUGUCGGCCCGGCAGGGGCACCUGGGCCGGUUCCUGCGCAUGCUGCUGCGGCUGGCAGACGAGUUUGGUGUUGCCGUAGUGAUAUCCAACCAGGUGGUGGCUCAGGUGGACGGGGCGGCCAUGUUUUCUGCAGAUCCUAAGAAACCCAUCGGUGGGAACAUCCUGGCGCACGCCUCCACCACGCGGUUAUAUCUGAGGAAAGGUCGAGGGGAAACCCGGAUCUGCAAGAUCUACGACUCACCCUGCCUGCCUGAGGCCGAGGCCAUGUUCGCCAUCAACGCCGACGGUGUGGGCGACGCCAAGGACUGAGGAGCAGGAGGACGCUGGGAAAUCUGACCUCGUCAGCAUUUAGGAACUCGCAUGUUUUCUCUUUCUGUUAAAUAUUUCUGUACGCAUUCUAUAAAAACUCGUCUCAUCCAUCUGUACAUAUACUUUAAAUUAAAUUUAUUUUAUAAUUAAAAGACAA